CGAAAACCCCUAAAACCCUUUUCCGCCUUUUAACCAAACCCUUUCGUGGAGGCCGCUCCCCUUUCUCUCUCUCUCACAAUCUCUCGCUCUCCUCCGAGUCCCAGUCUCAGCCAUGGCCACUGUCGCUUCACUCUCGCCUCCUGCGGAUCAAGCUUCAGACUUGCUGCAGAAUUUGUCGUUGGAUUCUCAGGCUAAGGAUGUCAAGAUUUCUGAGCCCCCCAAGAAGGCCAAUGCUGUGACUGGAAAGCUCCAGUCAACUGACCGGACUAGGUCUACUACCCCAUCACUCAAGGAUUCAACCAUGCCCUAUCACCCUAAUGGUUACUCCUCUUCUGCUUAUUACUAUGGAGGCUAUGGUGGACUUGAGUGGGGCAACAAUAUGAAUUCUGUUGUCUAUGGUUAUGGCUAUGCACCCUACAACACAUAUUCAACAACAGGGUCUCCAACUGUGGGAAGUGGUCAGCUAUAUGAACAGCAGUAUCAAUAUCCUCCCUAUUUUAAGCAGCUGGCUCCUAAAACUGGUUCACCCUACAUGCCUAAUUCAGCUGUUCCUUCCAAUGGUGGUGUUUCCACCAUUAAGGAUGCUGACCAAAAGUCCUCACCAGUAGGAACAGCUAAUGGGAUAUCCAACAGUACUUUGACCAGUGUGGGGCUGAAGGAAAAUAAUCUUUCAGACUUCUCCAAAUAUCAAAAUUCCUCUUUGAAUGCAAAGGGUUCCUAUGAGGGAUACACUGAUGCCAUAUAUGGUUUUGAUGGUUUGAUGUCUCCCAUACCAUGGUUAGAAGGGUCAACGUUUUCAAAUGGACAGGCUAAGGGGACUGGAUAUACAGGCAACAGAACACUAUCUUCUAAGAAUCAGAUUUCACGACCAAGCUCUCCAUACAUGGGUUUGCUGCCAAGGUUGGGGUAUGGUUUGGAUACAUCUCGUGGACUUAGUGGGAUGUAUAGCAACGAUUUAUAUGGUCAUAACUGGAACACAUAUGGACUUGGUAUGGGGUUUGGAUCUAAUACGUUUGGUAUGUCAAGAAAUGGAUAUGGGUGGACCUCUGUUCAAAACAAGUUUAAACCUAGGGGGCGAGGAAGCAACUUUCGCUAUGGUAACCAGGACAUAGAUGGGUUGGAAGAGUUGAACAAAGGACCUAGAGGUAAGAGUUAUAAAGCUGGGGUCAAUGUCGGGUUGAAUAAAGCUAAUGAUGAGAAAGAUACAACUAGCGCCGUUCCAGAGGGGGAGCAGCGCUCAGGAGCAGAUAUGCUUGAUAAUUACUCAGAUGCCAAGUUCUUCAUUAUAAAGUCAUAUAGUGAGGAUGAUGUUCAUAAGAGUGUUAAGUAUAAUGUCUGGGCCAGCACACCAAACGGAAACAAGAAACUUGAUGCAGCAUACCAGGAGGCUCAGGAGAUAGCUACUGGCUGCCCUGUAUUUCUGCUCUUCUCGGUAAAUGCUAGUGGCCAAUUCGUUGGCCUAGCAGAGAUGGUAGGGCCAGUUGAUUUUGAAAAGAAUGUGGAGUAUUGGCAACAAGACAAGUGGACUGGUUGUUUUCCUGUUAAGUGGCACAUUGUAAAGGAUGUACCCAACAGUUUGCUAAAGCACAUUACCCUUGAAAACAAUGAAAACAAACCUGUCACAAACAGUAGGGACACUCAAGAGGUCAAGUUAGAUGAGGGGCUUAAAUUGAUCAAACUAUUCAAGGAUCAUUCCAGUAAAACAUGCCUUUUGGAUGAUUUUGAGUUUUAUGAAGAUCGCCAGAAGACAAUUGAGGAAGUUAAAGCAAAGCGGCAGAUCCGGAAGAAGAAGGUAUUGGAGGAGAAGCCCACUGAUGGGGUAGAAGAGGCACUAGUCAAAUCACCAGAGUCAUUGGGAACUACAUUGGAUGUGAAGGAACCAACAUCAGUUGAUCAGAGUGAUGAACAAGUGAAGCCUUUGGAGAAUGGAACCGUUGCAGAAGCUGGAGAUGGCCUAAAGAGUCCACAAUCAGUUGUUGAAGAGUCCAAGGUGGCUGAAACAAAUUAGGAGGUCAAAUGUGUUAAAUGGUUGGUUGCUAGCUUGUGCAAUGAGAAGAUUUUCUUAGUAGGAGAUUCCCCUUGGAGGUUUUGCUGGUUUAGCGUAGCUGCUUUAAAGAGAGUACAAUUCAUAGUAGAAGUGGUGUGUGUUUAGAGACUUGAUGGCAGGCUCAUGUUUUCAGAGCCCCACCCGAAUCCCAUCUGAUUCUCUUGUUUGGGGCGGUUGGUUUUAAACUCUUUGCUGUUUUCCUGCCCUUUUAUAUGCGGAAUAGGUUGGUUUGUGUAAGAGAAAUGUAGUUAGUUGAAGUGUUUAAGAUGGUUGCUUGUGCCUUCAUUUCGGUAAUCUGUGUUCUGUGUGCUUCCCUUGUAUUAGUUAGUACGGCACAUGGCUGUUGCUAUGUUUCCUCUGAGUGAACUCCAAUUGUCUCUUCUUUCUUUUAUAUGUCGAAUCAGGUAAAUCAUGGCCUUGACUUGGUGAGAAGCCAUCGGCUUUUAAUCCAGUUCGAGUAAUAGUUGCAUUG